CAACAAACAACUUACACCCACAACAUUACUCUUUAUGCCAAUAUAAACCACAACCAUUCAACACCCAUAACACAGAAACACAACCACCUCGUUAUCAUUCUUCUUUUCUCCGUCAGCAUCGGAUCAAUGGCUGUAAGAUGUUAUCCUUCACCUACUCUCAUGAUUCAGAAUUCUAGUUCAAUCAAAAAGCCUGUGCGUAGAGCCUUGAUGCUUGCACAGAGUCAUGUCUCAGACAAGAAUACAUCUCUACUUCAGUUCAGGUCAUCUUGCAAGAUCAAGGUUUUUGAAGAUCAUUCCAAGGGAGUCGUUUGCUAUCGGGAUGAUAAUGGGGAGAUAACGUGUGAAGGAUUCGACGAGGGCCCUCGUCUCCACCAACAGUUUUCGAUAGUGGCUUGUAAUACAAGAGAUGCUGAGAUCAUUGAUCUUCUUCAAAGAUGUUGGCUUCAAGUUACUGAUAGUAGUGAUCAAAUUGAAAGUGCUGAAGAAGGUGUUGGUGGGCAAACAGGUUUCAACCAAAAUGGGUUCAACCCAUUCUUCUGAUAAAUGCUGACCAUCAGGCAAUAAUCUGUAUGUAUUCAAGUUUGUCUCCACUAAUCUGCAAAAGCAGGGUUUUCCUUCCAAUGAAUUAAUGUAAAUAAUAAGCAUAAAGAGAGCGCUUUCCAGUUGUCUUAUAAUCACAUUCUGAGUUCCUGUUAAAUGCUAAGUUCUAUCCUGC